ACUUUUUUGUCUCCCACAGCAUCAAUUUCCAGUGGAUUGAAGGACUUCUGUGGUUGAAGAUGGCCCAGAGAGAGAGAACUCCCAUUAAUGGGAAUCAAAAGGAAACCCUGAAAUCCUUUUUUACGAAUGGAAUGACACGAGUUGGGUCAAAAUUAAUUCCAAGUGCUGCAUCUGCUACUGGUUUGGACACCAGUGUCAUAGAAAACUGGAUCGGUAAUUACAAAAGAUCACAAAUUUCAAAACCUUUGUCUGAACCCCGUCAAUCAAAGGCAAAAGUUCACGUCAGAGAGCUGUCGCCUUACAAUCUUUUUUGUAGGGACAUAUUCAAAAACAAAGGCACAAUGAAUGACAUUAAGGGCAGGUGGGCCACAUUGGGGGAAGAUGAAAAGAAUAAAUACUUUCAAGAGGCAGCAGCACUGAGGGCACAUGGGCAGACACAGGACCUUAGCCCAGAGAUGAGGGAUGCCCGAAUUAAAAUGCACCUUAAGAAGCUGAAGUUAGAGGUGUCCAAGCUUGAGGAUUUGGGUGUGGAAACAGCCAUUCUAUCAUUUGACCGCCAAAAGUCCUCAUUAGAGGUGUUUGAACUGAGCAGCAAAGGAGCCACUGAUUUCCUUGAUACAACGGAGACAGUGAACAACUUCGCACUGCAUUUCAAAGCCAGCUCCUCACCCGCAACACCCAGUACCAGAGAACAUGUCAGUGUUCUGGUAGGAAAAGUGCAAGAUCUAUUCAACCAAAAAUAUAAGGAGGCCGGAGGUACUGGGAGGCUUCCCUACCAGUCCCUGGUAAAUCAGGGCAUGACCAUUAAUGUAGCUGGACUGCCCACAAGUCUUACCCUCAGGAAGCCUUCCUUUUAUGGAAGGAACCAAUUGGUCGAAAUUUUGAAAGCUGCAGAGGAGAUUUCAUUUGAAAUAAAUGCAGAACAAUCCAACCCCACUGACUUGGGAGAGGGGAUGUCAGAGCACAUGGAUGCAGAAGACACAGCGGAUGGCAUCCAGACGAAGUCGGUGGAGGAAAUUUUAGAGGCCAUGUGUGAAAAUGGUGCACAGCAGAUGGAAGAGUCCUCAGAAACAGCCACUACUGUAGCCAUCGUGAUGACUGCAGAUAAAGGUAUCUUUCCACAUUGUGGUUAUUUUUAUAUAACAGGAAAUGACUGUUAUACCAUAUAUAUUGCCUUAAAGGAUAAUUCCGGUAUUUAACACCUUGGGCCCUAUUUUAACGAUCUAAAACGCAAGUGUCAAAGCGCAAAGCGCAAGUAACUUUGUGGGCGGAUCCAGGCGCUAUUGCUAUUUUCCCGGCGGGAUAAAUGCCAUUUGCGCCUGGCGCAAAUCUAAAAGGGGUUGGUCUGAAGUAGCUUCAUUAUUCAUAGGUGUGGUUUGGGCGUAAAGUCAAUAAACCAAUCAGAGCGUCAUCUCACAUUCCCUUUAAGAGCAGGCGCACUUGUUCUAAAGCGGAUUCCUAUUAUAACGGUGGAUUUGCCUGGCGCGCGCCAGGAGCGGUUCACAGCUGAGGAGACUGACGUUCUCGUCAGGGCCGUAAAACACAGAGAAGUGACAUUGGGGAUGGAGAAACCCACCCAAAUUAACUUCGGUUAAACAGGCGUAUGAUUAUUUGGGUAAAUGUGUAAGCUAGAUGUAUGCUUUUAUAAUAAAUUAUCUAUCUAUCUAUCGUAAUAAUGUUUGAUUUGCAAAAAUGAAAACUGCUGCUUAGAUGAGAGAAAGUGUAUGCGCGUUGUGCACACGCUACAUUGAUUAUGGCCAAGCAUGCGCCCUUAAAAUAGCAUAAUGAACAACGCGCAACGCGCCAUUGACUUUAGACUAGGUUUUUUCUGGUCAGUGGCGCAAUUGUUUUAUAGAACAGCAAAAUAGCAUGAGGGAAAGUUUGCGCCGGAACACGCCUCCUCUUUGCGCUGAACCGCCCCGGGGAGCGCAAGUGUAUUUCUUAGUUAACCGACGUGUGUCUGUGGAGGGAAAAGUCCGCUUUGCGCGGCUGCAAAAUAGGAAUGAUACAUGCGUCGGUGUACAAAGUCAAUUGCGCUGGGUGCAAGAUAGGGCCCCUUGAGUUUAUUUUGUCGUUUGUUUUGGAUGAACUAGAGUGGUGGACUUAGAAAUGU